UGGAUAUUGAUUUGACAAUAACAAAAGAAAAAAAAAAAACAAAAAUAAGCGGGUCAGGUAAUGAAAAUGUUCAUGUCUAGAGCCCUCCGCCUUGGGCUACUGUUCAGCCUGUGCUACAUGGCUCAUGGCAGCGAUAUCACGGAUAAGGUCUUCGGGAAUAUCAAAGAGGGCAUUGUCGCAGCCUUUGGAGACUUCAACUCGGACGAGCUGACGGACAUAUUUGUCAUCUGUGAUAACAUGAAAAGGCUGCAGAUACUCUAUGGUCACGAGACUGAACCCUUGCUCAUGCUGGGGCCGUUCUGCACCUACUCUGGCAAAAUGAUUGUCAGUGUUGUCCCAGGUGACUUCGAUGGUGAUGCUCUCAUGGAUGUGCUGGUGAAUAUCAAGAACGACGACAAGGAAAGCUAUGACGUGUACAUCAAUUGGGGCAACACGACAGAGAUAAUCUGCUCAAAGAAGCAUCUCUUUAAAAGCAUUGGUGAAGUGAUGGCUCUUGACUUUAACCGGGACAUGAUACUCGACUUAUAUGGCCUCGACAGCUACGGUGAGCGCACUUUCUGGAUAUUUAACAGUAGCCGAGAGCAACCCCAUGUGGUCCACCAGGCAGUGCCAACUGGAAGUGGCGGAAAUAGUCUGAGCAUACCAAAUGCUAAUGCCUAUUUAGAUUUGAAUGAAGACUUCCUGGCCGAUCUAUUUUUGCAGACCCAUGACUCCUAUGAGAUCUGGUACGGAGUCAAUGAACACGAUAUGCAGGAGAACUUUAGCUACCAGUACUCUAUAAAGUUCCAACCGAUUGGCGGCAGUGACUACCAUAUUGGCCAGGCCGUCUUCAUGGACUUUGAGCUGAGGGGUGUGCAAAACAUUGUGAUUCCAUUUUGUAUUCUUGCAAACUGCCGCAACUCUUCAAUAAUGGUCCACGACGGCAAUGACUUUCGGAAUCUUCAUGUAAAUUUUAGGGAUCCCCAGGGCAUCACGUGGGCACUGGUGCCGCCCGUUCCGGGAGAUAUUUACUUGAGAACGAUUACGGCCAGAAGUGGGGACUUUAAUUUGGAUGGCUAUCCCGAUCUUUUGCUCACUUUGCAGCCGUUAAACGUAGCUAAACCGAUUAUGCAAACCUUUCUACUGGAGAAUGUUCCCUGCACUACAUGCGAGAAGUCGUCGAAGCGGACAUUUGAGGUGCGCUGGAACGCUCUGUCACCCAUGGGAAACAACACAGUGGCAGGAGCCUUUUAUGAUUUCUAUCAGGACGGAGUCCUUGAUGUGAUUCUCAUCCAGAAGAAUCGAAACGGCAGCUACCGUCCCCUUGCAUUUCGCAAUACACUUGACUACGAUGCCAACUUUGUUAAGGUUAUUGUACUGACGGGUCUCGAUAACAAGCAGAAUCCAGAGCGUCGCACUCCUCUGGGUAGGAAGAAACGUACAUACGGAACCAAUCUCCCUGGACCGCGCAUCACCUACAGCACAACUACUCAAGAUGGCGAUCAGCAGUGUGGUAGCAGCGUGCAACUGCCUCAGGCAUCCUAUUUUGCCCUACAACUGCCGUACACCUGCUUUGGCCUGGGCCGAACACCCAACUUUGUAGAUCAGCUGGCCGUAGGCCUGGGGAGCAAAUGGCGUAAUUGGACACAGCUGAUUCCAAACUCACAGAUUAUUGUGGUGCCCAAGCCACUGAAUGAGCCAUCGCACUGGAAGGCUCAGUUGUUUGUUACCCCCAGUAAACUUAUCCUGAUGAGUGUUGUAGCCCUUGGAGGCACUUGCCUGGUCAUAAUACUCAUCAUAUUGGUACUGUACAUUAAAGAGAAGCGUGAGGAUAAACAGGAGCGCUUGCAAGAGUCCCACAGAUUCCAUUUCGACGCCAUGUAACGCGAUAAACAAACUUUAAACUAAGAAAUCUUAACGUGUCAGCCCAUACAGUUGAUUCAUUUUAUUAUUUCAAAUUGUGUAAUAUUUCGAAUUAAUAGGGUAUCUCCUUAUUGUAUCCAUUGGGAGCUUCAAUAAUAAGUCUUUAAUUGCCUUUAGAAAUGAAAAAAAAUGUCCAUAUUCUUUUUAAGCCACCAAAGAGGUCACUUCACAUCGGAGCUCCUAAUGAAAGCAGCAUAGUGUGCCCUCAAUACAUAAGAUAUACAUAUGAUUACGGUUCAAAAAAUGUGAUAGAAUUAAAAUUGACAAAAAA